AUGGCUUUGGAGCGUGGAAUGCAAGCUGUGGUGACGGCCGCGGUGUUCAAUGCUCUGGCUUUCCUUUUUAUUGUUGCCCGUUGUGUAUCCCGAUUCAUCAUUCUCAAGCAAGCUGGCCCCGAAGACUACCUGAUUCUCUUCGCAUUGGCUCUUUCUAUCGGCCUUACUGUGAUCAUAAUCCUUGAGAAGAAUAGUGGCUUGGGGCGGCAUGCAGACACCGUCAGCGCUGAAGACAACGAGACUCUGCUGAAGCUCCUGUACGCCAGUGUCAUCGAGUACAAUGUGGCGUUAUUUCUACUCAAAGACUCGAUCCUGUACCAAUAUCUGCGCUUCUUUGUCCAGAGAAGUUAUCGGAUCGCGGCUUGGUGCCUGAUAGGAAUCGUCGGGGUGGGAGGUUUCGCCUUCAUUCUAAUGUCGUGCUUUUCAUGCUGGCCCAUAGCAUAUUUCUGGGAGAAGUCCAUCGAAAAUGGACACUGCGUCGACAUCCUGGCGUUUUGGUUCAGCUUCUCGGCUUUCAAUAUCGCUACCGACUUGGCGGUCUGGUUCCUCCCGAUGCCUGUCCUGUACAACCUGAAACUUCCGCGGAAGCAAAAGAUGACCUUGAUUGCGGUUUUCGCUCUUGGUGGAUUUGGCUGCAUCACUUCCUUCCUCCGACUUCACGCCCUGUAUGUCACGAGCGUAUCGACCGACCUUACCUAUGACAAUGUCGACGCCGCGACGUGGUCGGCCGCCGAGCUCAAUGUCGGCAUCAUGUGCGCGUGCAUCCCGGCCAUACGUCCAGUUGUCAGUCUACUAUUCCCACGUCUCCUGACGAGCACCCGACGCAGUCGCACUUCCGAUGCGUACCAGCGCGGAACAUCGGGUUUCCGCAAUGAUGACAUGGUCCCGUUGUCGCACGCGUUGUCGCAGGCCAACAAGGUGCCGCGAAGUGAUACGACCAGUCAAGAGGAGCGCAGCAGCCUCGACCCAACGAAUGUCUCGAACACAAUUCAUGUGAAGCAAGAGUGGACGAUUACAGAGCACGAAGGGCGUUGA